ACUUGCCCCUACGGCACCGUGCGGACUACCUGGGGGACCUCUGCCUGUGUGUCCACAGCAGUGCGAGGUGCAAAACGCCGCCCGAGGGCUCUGUGAGACGUUCACAAGUCACGUGGUGAGGCGGGGAGGCGUCGGGAUCACCCCGCGGGUGCUGCCCCUCUACCUGGUCCACCUGCGGUGCCGCCGUGCGGCCGCCGCCACCCUCGAGUCCUGGCUGCCCGGGCGCUUCGUCAAAUUCUCCCCGCGGGACGGCGGCGAGAUGGCCGCGGUGGAGGGUCACUCCGACGGCGUGGUGGAGGGUCACGCCCACAGCGAGGGGAGGAGUCACGCCCACAGCGAGGGGAGGAGUCACGCCCGCAGCGAGGGGAGGAGUCACGCCCACAGCGAGGGGAGGAGUCACGCCCACAGCGUGGGGAGGAGUCACGCCCACAGCGAGGGGGAGGGUCACGCCCACAGCGAGGGGGAGGGUCACGCCCACAGCGUGGGGGAGGGUCACGCCCACAGCGUGAAGGGUCACGCCCACAGCGUGGGGGAGGGUCACGCCCACAGCGUGGGGAGGAGUCACGCCCACAGUGUGGGGGAGGGUCACGCCCACAGCGUGGAGGGUCACGCCCACAGCGUGAAGGGUCACGCCCACAGCGAUGGGGGCGGUGGCGACGUGGGUGUGGUGGGGGCGGGCAUGGCGGAGAAGCUCUGCGCGUUUCAGCACUGGGUGUUCAACGCCACGGGCGGGGAGCUCGUCGUGACGGACUUGCAGGGAGUAGGGGCGGUCCUGACGGACGUGGGGAUCGCCACGGAGAAGAAGGAGUUCCGAGGCCUGCGAGGCAGCUGCCCUCCGUCCCACGUGACUCUCUUCCGGGUCGUGCACCGAUGCAGCCCCUGCUGCCUCCUCCUGGGCCUGUGCCCCCCCCCCCCGCCCCCACCCUGCCGGGGCCCCCACGUGCAGCGGGGGGGGGGGGGGGGGGGGGGGGGGGGAGGGGAGGGGCCAGGUGACGUCAUCCGCGGUCGGAUGAGGAGCCGAACGAGCUCAAGUUGAGGAGCUGUCGGUGAAAUUAUUUUUUUUUCCUUUGACCCCCCCCCCCCCCCCCCACCCC